GGUGUUUGCCAUGGUGCGGGCCAUGGCCUCUCAGCUGCCCAUCCCCGUCUUCUGCAAGAUCCGCCUCAUGCCUUCCCUGCACCAGACCAUCGCCCUGUGCCUUGGGCUGCAGGAGGCGGGCUGCUCUCUCAUAGCGCUGCACGCUCGCACGCCAGCUGGCACCGUGAAGCGGCGAGUGGGCCCUGCUGACCUGGCAGCUGUGCGAGCUGUCAAGAGGGCAUUGGACAUCCCCGUGCUCAGCAAUGGCAACAUCUCGUCUCCUGCUGACGUGGCAGCCAACCUGGCGUUCACCGGGGCCGACGGUGCCAUGUCAGCGGAGGGCGUUCUCCACGACCCCAAACUCUUCUGCGGCGGCAUCUCCUCCCGCGAGGACCGGCUCUCUGUGGCCUACGAAUACCUCGCCCUCUGCCACCAGCUAGGCUCGGUAGAGUCAGGCUCGGUAACCUGGCCCGGCAUUCGUCUGCAUCUGGAAUAUAUGCUUGGGAGGAGGGGCGCAGGCCGGUCGGUGUCCUUUGCCCACCAGGGCUUGUAUCGCCGGGGAUGGGAGCUGAGAGCAGCGCUGCAUGGCGCUGCGUCCCUUGGCGCCCUGCGCCAGGUGCUGCUGCACGCGCUGCCGCCGCUGUGUGAAGCUACAUCUGCACGGCUAUCACUCCACAACGAUUCAGCCUACUCGCCAGAUCUGUCACAAGAGCAAGAGCAGACAAAUGGUCCUUAAUUAUGGCCCUUCGCAUUUGGUUUGGCGCUGUACUGCCAAGACUUGCGUUCUUCUACUGUACUGUACAUAUCCUUCUUGUUCUGCUCCACACACGCUUCUGGUGAAGAGCACUAAAGGGAGAGCAGACAAGGCAUAGACAGUGAAUGCAAUAGCAGGGGGCAGGGAGGUACGGUACAUGAUCUGAGAGGUACAUGAUCAGACGGGUGAGUACCAAAUGAGGAGAAAUGUUGUGGAACAGAAGUCCCAAGGGAAUGGAGGUAGGCAGGCUGAGAGGUUAGCAUUGAGGGCGACAUGUCGAAGACACA